AGGAUGCAGUGUGGAGUGUUGCUGUGUCUUUUGCUGUUGACGCUGUCCUGGAGAGUAAGAAGCCAAACCAGAAGAAAACACAGACAAAAGCCUGAAAAUAAUGUCAUCCAAAAUGAUGUUAAAACACUGUUUUGUCCAGUGGAGGUGGCUUUUUUGUUGGACAGCUCUGAGAAGGCCACAAUGCCUCUGUUUGAGAAGCAGAAGAACUUUGUGUUGCGUUUCAGCACCAAAAUGAUGCAGCUGCAGGUGGCGGGCUGGCAUAUGCGGGUGAGACUCGCCGCCCUGCAGUACAGCAGCACUGUCUCUGUGGAACACAACUUCAGAGACUGGCAGGACAUAGACGUUUUUCAAAGCAAAGUGAACUCAAUGACCUACAUUGGCCAUGGGACCUACUCAUCUUACGCCAUCUCCAACGCCACUCAUCUAUUUACCCGACAGACCGCCCCCAGCAGCCUGAGAGCUGCCAUUUUACUGACAGAUGGGGUGGACCACCCACGCAGCCCCAGCGCUGUGAACGCAGCGGCAGAUGCAAAAAAUCGCAACAUCCGAGUGUUUGUCAUUGGGCUGUCGGGUGCCACGCUAGAUGAGCAGGAUAAUGGUGGACUAAGGUCCAUCGCCAGCGCACCACCACAACAGCACCUGUUCAGCCUCACCGAUACACAGUUGGAUGACAAGCUUUACAGAGAACUGAGUGAAAUGGCUAACACGGUUUGUCCACAGGCUAAAUCUUGUCUGUGUGAGAAAGGAGAGAGGGGUCCUCCUGGAAAUCCAGGAAAACCAGGCGAUCCGGGAUUUGAUGGGCCUGCUGGUCCAAAAGGAUCAAGGGGAGAACCAGGUUUAUAUGGGAGUCCAGGAUUAGAGGGUAUUAGGGGAAGACAUGGACCUAAAGGAGAAAAGGGAGGAAAAGGAGAGUGUGGGACCCCGGGAAUGAAAGGAGUUCAAGGUCCAGAAGGAUCUUCUGGGCCUCGAGGACCAAGAGGAGAUCAGGGGCCAAGAGGCAGUCCUGGUGACCCAGGCCCUGAGGGCCCUAUUGGACUUAAGGGUGAACGAGGACACAGUGGACCUACCGGACCUGCAGGCGACCCCGGCAUUGGGUUUCCUGGGGCAAAGGGGGACAAAGGCAGCCAGGGCAGACCUGGACCACCUGGACCUAUUGGUAUAGGGGAGCCAGGUCUACCAGGCCCACCAGGACAACAAGGAUUUCAAGGCAACCAAGGUUUUCCAGGAGAGGGUUUACCAGGGCCAAAGGGUGACAGAGGAUUUGGGGGCCCUAAAGGUGUUCGUGGACCUCCAGGUGAAGGAAUCAAGGGGGAGAAGGGUAACAUAGGGGAACCAGGUUUGCCUGGAUUGAUAGGAUUUCCAGGAGCAGGGAUCCAGGGAGAGAAGGGUGACCAGGGGCCCAUUGGACCACCUGGCCCAAGGGGUCAUUCAGGAGUGGGCAUUGCUGGUCCUAAGGGAGACCAGGGCUUUCCGGGAGAGCCGGGACAACAAGGUGAGAGAGGAACCGGGGAACCUGGGCCAAAGGGUGAUUUGGGACCAGACGGAGCACCGGGUAUUCCUGGAAUCCCAGGAGAAGAUGGCUCUAUUGGUUUAAAGGGUGAGAUGGGUUUGCCAGGUUUACAAGGACCAGAGGGAGCGCCAGGAAAAGGAAUCCCUGGUGAGAAGGGGGACCAGGGUGUCAGAGGACCUCGGGGUCUCCCUGGAAGUCCUGGAGCAGUGGGGCCUCCAGGGUCCAAGGGAGAACCAGGACGUUUUGGUAUGAUGGGUUUACCGGGACCUCCGGGUCAAGGAUUACCUGGUUCAAAGGGAGAAACAGGACCUGCAGGCCCCCAAGGUCCUGUUGGAGAGCCAGGGGUUGGGACAGCAGGGCCAAAGGGUGACAGAGGAAGUCCUGGGCCAAUGGGGCCACAAGGAAUAAAGGGCGAGGGUUACCCUGGGCCCCAGGGACUUCAAGGGUUGCCUGGGCUACCAGGUGAAUUUGGACCCGAAGGACAAGGAAUUCCUGGACCAAAGGGAGACAGGGGCUCACCUGGUGCUACCGGCCCUGCAGGGCCUCCAGGCAUUGGAGUUAUGGGACCAAAGGGUGCAACUGGCAAGAUUGGCGAUCCUGGUCUUCCAGGUGUUCCAGGGGAGGGUAUCCAGGGGCCCAAGGGAGAGCCUGGGUUUCAAGGGUCCCCUGGUCCUAGGGGGCUUCCAGGUGAUGGUCUGCCAGGAGAUAAGGGUAACAGAGGCCUAAGAGGGGAACGUGGGAACAAAGGAGAGAGAGGAGAACAUGGAAAGCCAGGAAAAUCCGGACCCAAGGGGAAAGAAGGACAGAAAGGAGAGCCUGGCUUAUCGAAAGAAGAGGUGCUCCAAGUAAUUUGGGAAAUGUGUGGAAGUGGACUCAAAUGCAGAAGUCCUCUGGAGCUGGUCUUCAUCAUUGACAGCUCAGAGAGUGUUGGUCCUGAGAACUUUGAGGUGGUGAAGGAUUUCGUGAACGCACUGAUUGACCGUGCGUCCGUGAGCUGGGAUGCCACUCGUGUGGGUGUGGUGCUCUACAGUCACGUGAAUACGGUGGUGUCCAGCCUGCAGCAGAUGUCCGACCAGUCUGGAAUCAAAGCUGCUGUGCGCAGGAUGCCAUACCUAGGAGAGGGGACAUUCACAGGUAGCGCCAUCCGCCAAGCCGCUCAGCUCUUCCAGGCAGCCCGGCCGGGUGUGAGGAAGGUUGCGGUUGUGUUGACAGAUGGGCUGGCGGACAGACGGGACACAGUGAGGUUGGAAGAGGCUGCGGAAGAAGCUCACGCUGAUGGGAUUGAGAUCUAUGUCAUUGGUGUCAUGGACAGCAGUAACUCAGAAUACACAGAGUUUAAAAAUGAGAUGAACCUUUUAGCCUCUGAUCCUGAUUCGGAAUACAUCUACUUGAUCGAUGACUUCAUGACACUACCCUCAUUGGAGAAUAGGCUACUAAGUCAGAUCUGUGAGCAUGAUGAUGGCAGCGCUUUCCACCCAUUAAGACCCAGUCCUAUUCCAGACGAACCUGAGUCCCCCACCAGUAAUUAUUUCCCUACAGAGAGCAAAGAGGCUGAACUUCCAGCAGAGUUUGAGACGCCUUCUCCUCCUCAACUAACAGAUUACGAAGACAUCAUUUUUAAUGAGUCUGCCUAUGAGUUCCCUAUGGUGACAGCAGCCCCAUCUGGGAACACGAUUGGACCCCAGUCCUCUAACUCAGCAGUGGGACCCCAGAUACCUACAGGUGUACUGCGUAUUCCAGAAAUCAGCCCGUCUCCACAAACAUUACUUCCGCCUCAGCCCGAGGUCUUUGUAGAAGAUGGAGGCUGUAGGCAGGGAUUGGACCCUGGGCCAUGUAGGACAUACAGGGUGAUGUGGUACUAUGACCCAGAGGCAAACUCAUGCGCACAGUUCUGGUAUGGUGGUUGCCAAGGCAACAGCAACCGUUUUGAUACAGAAGACAUUUGUAGAAAAGCUUGCGUGCAGACAUAAUACAAUGAAGCAUAAUGCUUUAUUCAUCAGGUUUGUAUCACUGAUUUAUAUUUAUCAAGCUAUAUGUCACCAUUACAGUUAGAUAUGUGACCCUCUCCAUGUGAAAUGCAUAAUCUAAAUCUGAGAUUAGGAGCAUCAAAAUUUGAUUUCAGUCAUUGAUUGCUCAUUGAUCUUUAGUUAAUAUUAAAGAUAUUAAGGAUAUAUUUUCACAGAAUGUUCUUUAUGUAGGAUGAUUUCAUGUAGAAAACAGUCAAUCCAAACAAAAGACACAUUUAUGUACAUUUAGUGCAUC